AUGGGUCAGACUCUGUCGGAGCCCGUGGUUGAAAAGACAUCGGCCGAGGGCGAAGAUGAGUGCUGCGUAUAUGGCGUCUCGGCAAUGCAGGGCUGGCGCAUCAGCAUGGAGGAUGCCCAUGCUGCCAUUCUGGACAUGCACGCAAAGUGUUUAGACAACAGUGACGGCAAACCGACGGAUCCGGAGAAUCGUCUCGCCUUCUUUGGAGUGUAUGAUGGCCACGGUGGAGACAAGGUCGCGUUAUUUGCCGGAGAAAAUGUCCACAAGAUCGUCGCCAAACAGGACGCGUUCGCCAAGGGUGAUAUUGAACAGGCGUUGAAAGAUGGUUUCCUGGCCACCGACCGGGCGAUCUUAGAAGAUCCCAAGUAUGAAGAGGAGGUAUCUGGUUGCACAGCCUCAGUCGGCAUCAUCUCCAAACACAAGAUCUGGGUGGCAAACGCGGGUGAUUCCCGGUCAGUUCUGGGAGUCAAGGGCCGUGCAAAGCCCCUGUCUUUUGACCACAAGCCUCAGAAUGAAGGCGAGAAAGCUCGUAUCAGUGCCGCGGGUGGAUUUGUUGACUUCGGUCGUGUCAAUGGCAACCUGGCACUGUCUCGUGCACUCGGUGACUUCGAAUUCAAGAAGAGUCCUGAGCUGUCUCCCGAGCAGCAGAUUGUGACUGCAUUCCCCGACGUGACCGUCCACGACCUGACUGACGACGAUGAAUUCUUGGUGAUUGCUUGCGACGGCAUCUGGGAUUGCCAGUCUUCCCAAGCGGUGGUCGAAUUCGUCCGUAGAGGCAUUGCGGCCAAGCAGGAUCUCUACCGGAUCUGUGAGAACAUGAUGGAUAACUGCCUAGCUUCCAACAGCGAGACUGGUGGUGUCGGUUGUGACAACAUGACCAUGACCAUCAUCGGCCUGCUGAAUGGCAAGAGCAAGGAGGAGUGGUACAAGCAGGUCGCCGAGCGGGUUGCGAAUGGGGACGGGCCUUGCGCUCCUCCCGAGUACGGCAAGUCUCACGAGGAAGCCGAGGCCGAAAACAACCCGGAGGAGUAUGAUCUGGAGAUGGAGCGUCCGCGUGGGUACAGUGUCCGCUCCGGCCGGAUUAUCUUGCUAGGCGACGGCACCGAAGUCGUCCCGGACCAGAACGAGGAGGAGCUCUUUGACCAGACUGAGGAAGACCAGGACUUGGCGAAUCAAGUGCACCAUGAGACACCCGAUGCCACCCGGAACGAACGCGAGGAGACCCCGGGGCCUCAGGGGAAGCAGGAUGGAGCAUCCGCUGCUCAAAUAUCGGAAUCCCCGGCCUCCACGGCUGACACCGACAAGAAGUCUACGUAG